AUGCAAAGAGCGAAUGAAGCUUUGCAAACUCAGGUGACGGAGUUGACGCAUGGCAAGACGGAUCAUCAAGGAUCUGACCGUCACACGACGACUACGGUGGUCAACUUCCAACCCUUCUCACAGGAAAUCGCAGAGGAGGAGAUCCCGGAGCACGUAAAGACGCUCGCUCUAGAUUCCUACUCCGGAUCUUCAGAUCCAAAGGAACAUCUGGUUUACUUCAACACAAGGAUGGUAAUCGCUGGAGUGAACGACGCAGUGAAGUGUAAACUACUUCCGUCCACCUUCAGGAAGUCUGCAAUGACUUGGUUCACAACUCUUCCUCCUGGCUCAAAUGCCGAUUUUACGGAGUUCUCGACGCGUUUCUUGUCUCACUUUUCUACGAGCAGAUCUGUGCAGGCCACAAUAACGGCUUUUCUAACGGUUAUUCAGCGAGAGAACGAAUCGAUUAAAAGUUACAUGACGCGGUUCAAUGAGUUGUCAGUGUACUUGGAGGAUUCAGUGCCAUCGGUAUGUGUCGCAGCCUUCAAGAAUGGACUCAGGGAGGGGCGAUUGAACGGGAAUCUGAAGAGGCACCAAGAAACCUCCAUGGUAGAAAUCAGGGCGAGAGCACGAAGUUACAUCCUAGAGGAGGAAGAUAACCGUCAGAAGCAAAAGCGGGAUGGGACUACAUCCCUCAAAGGGGCGACACAUCUAGGUCCCGCUUCCAAAUUUAAUCAGGCGAAAACGAAUCGUCCAGGUCCGUAUCAGGCGCGACUUUCGACAAGGCCAUCCGCCCCGAAGCCUUUAAAGGUGGUGAAUGCGGCGGAAGCAUCGAAAGAAACUGGAACGGCCGGCAUGAACGCGACAUGUGGCGGAACAAUGCUGAACGCGCCAGUUUCGGACAUCUUAAAGGAGGCUACGUGUCUGUAA